AGUCAUCUCUUGUCUAAACAUGAGUGCCAAGUACGUUGUAACCAUUGCUUCUUGCUUCUCUGGGCUUGCCAUCGUGGCAUGCCUUUUCACUGUUGGAGCUAUUUUCAAGGAUAUCAAUGACUUGUACGAUAAUGUCAUGGAUGAUAUGGAUGAGUUCAAGAUGUUCGCCAACAAUGCCUGGAAGGACAUGAUCCCAGUAACCCGCCCAUCCCUUGACAACCAGAGCAACCUUCGUGCUAUCUUCGGACGUGAAAAGCGUCAAGCCGGACAAUGCAACUGCGGAGCUCAGCCAAACAACUGCCCACCAGGACCACCAGGACCACCAGGAGCCCCAGGAGCUCCAGGAGAUGAUGGACACGCUGGAGAGGCUGGAAAGACCGGAAUUAAUGGAAUUUCACUCAUCAGCCAUGAAGGAGAGUCCGGAUGCAUUAAAUGCCCAGCCGGAGAAGCCGGACCAGCUGGACCAGAUGGAGCUCCAGGAGCACCAGGACCAGACGGACAGCCAGGACAAGAUGGACCAGCCGGACAGCCAGGAGCCCCAGGACCAGCUGGACCAGAAGGAGAUGCUGGAGCACCAGGAGACGCCGGAGCACCAGGAGCCCCAGGAGCCCCAGGACAAGACGGACAACGCGGAACCGGACUUCCAGGAGCACCAGGAGCCCCAGGACCACAGGGACCAUCUGGAAACCCAGGACAAGACGGAGCCGCUGGAGCCCCAGGACAAGCUGGACCAGCUGGACCAGCCGGACCAGACGGACAACCAGGACAAGCUGGACAAGACGGAGAGGCUGGACCAGAAGGAAAUGCUGGACAACCAGGAGCUGAUGCUGCCUACUGUCCAUGCCCAGCCAGAACUGGAGCAGUUGAGAACAAGCCAGAGACCAGUGGAUACAGAAGAAGAGUUUCCAAGGUCGUCUAAGACUUUUCUAUUCACCAUUUCAAUAAAUGAUUUAUCAUUCA